UCGUGAAACGUCCGCUGGUCAGUACUGGUCAGAUACAGUAGUCAGUAGCAGCGAAUGAUCGACUAAGGCACCAACGUUUUAUCCCGAGCCGGAAGUGCCACGAUAGUAACCUGGGGAACUAGUUUCGCCAACGUCGUCUAAAACAAUGUUUGCAAGGUUGCGAAAAGCCGUACGAGCUUCGCAAAAGUCGGAAUGCAACGCGAAAACAACUUCCGCUAUCGGCGAUGCCUCGAAAAAUCAAACCCCACCGACGCUUCUUUCGAGUUUGAGAAGCGUUCUCUUUGUUAUCGGAACUGUAGUGGUCGGAUUCGCUGCCUUUUGCAAUUCUCUGACAUGGCAUUUGCAAAGAUUCUGGGGUGCAUCCGGCGACUUCUGGCAAGCCCAAUGGGACAAAAUUUUGGAUAAAUUUGGAGAUGAUCCUGUGACACUAUGGGUUUACGGAUCCUUGUCUUUGAUGAUCGUGGUUUACUGGGUGAUCGGAGGAAUUUACACGAUCCUAGAUAUCACUAAUCGACCAGCAGCGCUGCGUAGAUACAAAAUACAGCCCGGCACGAAUGAGCCAGUGGAUAAGAGGGAGUUAUGCAAAGUGAUUGCUCAAGUACUGUUCAAUCAGAUCGUCGUCGGCUUUCCUAUUAUGUAUCUCGGCUAUUAUUUCAUGGAAUGGCGCGGUUAUCCCCCGGUGCGCGAGCUGCCGACUUUCCACUGGGUACUCACCGAGAUCGCGAUUCACAUUUUAUGCGAAGAGAUUGGAUUUUAUUAUUCGCACAGAUUUCUCCACAAGCGCUCUUUGUACAAAUAUAUACAUAAGCAGCAUCACGAAUGGACUGCGCCCAUAGCCGUCACCGCUAUGUAUUGUCAUCCUUUAGAAAAUAUUGGUUCGAAUCUACUUCCGCCUUUCUUGGGAGUAUUCAUCAUGGGCUCUCACGUGGCUACCGCCUGGAUUUGGUUCUCUCUCGCGAUCCUUUCGACUUUGAACGCGCACUCUGGUUAUCACUUACCGUUCUUCCCCUCGCCGGAGGCGCACGAUUUCCAUCACUUAAAGUUCAAUCAAUGCUAUGGUGUACUCGGCGUUUUGGAUCGCAUUCAUGGCACUGACACGCAAUUUCGCAAUUCACGAAAUUACAUGCGUCACAUAAUGAUGCUUAGUCUCGUACCGCCUAGGGAAGCAUUCCCGGAUGAGGCAAAGUACAAAUCAAAGUAGAAGAAUUUUUCGGCGACUCUGAAAGUUAUAUAAAUAAUUUCCAAAAAGAGAAACUUUUCACGUUGGGUGAAUAUUUUCGCAACGGUAACUGGGUUCGGGAACGACAAAUUGUGACUAUAAUCAAUUCAGUUAAUAGCACUAGUAAACGUCUACUAUAAAAUUAAUUUCAACAAAUGGACAAUCUCGACUUUAAUUGAU